CUGAACUAAGAAAGGAACUGAAGAAAGAGGGAAACAAAAAACAGUGGACGAGAGAAGGAGCCUGACAACGGAAUGACGGUGCUGCAGGAACCUGUUCAGGCUGCUGUUUGGCAUGCACUAAACCACUAUGCCUACCGAGAUGCCGUGUUCCUGGCUGAGAGACUCUAUGCUGAAGUGCAUUCGGAGGAGGCCCUCUUUCUGUUAGCCACUUGCUACUAUCGUUCGGGAAAGGCCUACAAGGCAUACCGCCUUCUCAAGGGGCACAGCUGCACAACGCCACAAUGCAAAUACCUCCUCGCCAAGUGCUGUGUAGAACUGAGCAAGCUUGCAGAGGGAGAGCAGAUCCUGACAGGGGGGGUCCUGAACAAACAGAAGAGCCAGGAGGACAUUGUCACAGAGUUUGGAGACUCUGCCUGUUUCACGUUAUCCAUGUUGGGGCAAAUCUAUUGCAAAACGGAUCGUCUGGCCAAAGGUUCGGAAUGUUAUCAGAAGAGCCUGAGUAUGAAUCCUUUCCUGUGGUCUCCCUUUGAGUCCCUCUGUCAGAUCGGUGAUCGUCCGGACCCGGAGCAGAUCUUCAGACUGACGUCCCUGCAGUGCUUCAGCGGCGGGAGUGGAGCCCCUUCCCUGCUCCCCAUCAGCCCCGCCCACACGCCUAGCCACAACAUGCCCCACCGCCAGGUGGACACGGUGCUCAUGGAGACGCCCCAGGACACCUUAGAGUUAAACAGACUGAACCUAGAGUCUUCCAACUCCAAGUACUCGUCUCUGAACACAGACUCCACCAUGUCCUACAUCGACUCGUCGUCAUCUCCCCCGGACACCGUAGGGUCUCUGGGGACAGGCGGCUCCCUGCUAUCCAAACAAGUGCAGAACAAACCCAAGAGUGGGCGCAGUCUACUGGGAGGACCGGCAGCACUCAGCCCCCUCACACCUAGUUUUGGAAUCUUGCCCCUGGAGCCCAGCCCAGGGGAACCCUUGUAUCUUCAGAACUACUCUCACAGUGGCUCGGGGAUGGAGCCGCCCCCUCCCGGAGUCCCACCAAAGAAGUCUGUAGCGAGAAUCAGUCAGGUGGGGACGAAGUCAGUGUUUGCACAGAGUGGUAACAGCAGGGAGGUCAUCCCUAUCCCCUUCAACCAAACUCAGACCACUGCCCCCCCACAGACCAGUACUACGCCUCAAGUGCUGAGCCCCACCAUCGCUGCUCCCCCCAACGUGCAGCCCAGACGGAGCUCCAGACUAUUCACCAGUGCCAGCUCUACUGCCAAGGAGAAUAGCAAGAAGCUGAAAAUGAAGUUCCCCACCAAAAUCCCCAACCGGAAGACCAAGUCAAAAACGGGCAAGGGAGGCAUCACCCCAUCCAACCUGAACGAGAGCAUUGAGAUCCUCAAGCUGGACUCGUCCAUGACAGAGGGGAAAGUCAGUAUGGGCUCUCCUCAGUUCCAGGUCUUCAGUCUGCAGAAGGCUGCUGCAGAUGGCCUGAUGUUGCUGAUGCGAGACAUCGGCCGGGGGUACCUGGCCCUCUGCUCUUACAACUGUAAAGAGGCCAUCAGCAUCCUGAGCCAGCUGCCCUCCCAUCACUACAACACAGGGUGGGUCCUGGGACAGAUCGGCAGGGCCCACUUUGAGCUGGCCGAAUACAUGCAGGCGGAGAGGAUCUUCUCUGAGGUGCGGCGUAUCGAGAGCUACCGGGUGGAGGGCAUGGAGAUUUACUCCACCACCCUGUGGCACUUGCAGAAGGACGUGGCCCUGUCGGCCCUGUCCAAAGACCUCACCGACAUGGACAAGAAUUCACCAGAGGCAUGGUGCGUGGCUGGUAACUGUUUCAGUCUGCAGCGGGAGCAUGACAUAGCCAUUAAGUUCUUCCAGCGUGCCAUCCAGGUGAACCCGGGCUUUGCCUACGCCUACACGCUGCUAGGCCAUGAGUUUGUCCUCACAGAGGAGCUGGAGAAGGCUCUGGCCUGCUUCCGUAACGCCAUCAGAGUCAACACACGCCACUACAAUGCCUGGUAUGGCUUGGGGAUGAUCUACUAUAAGCAGGAGAAAUUCAACCUGGCAGAGAUUCACUUCAAGAAGGCACUUAGCAUCAACCCUCAGAGCUCUGUGCUCCUCUGCCACAUCGGAGUG